AUGCCUGCCUCUACAGAUAAUUAUUCGGGAAGUUCAUCUCAUAAUUUGAUCCAGGAUAGCCAGGGAGUUACGCCUUCGACGGGCGGCAGACCAUCUUUUGAUCAUACUUUCUACAAUCUUGGAGAACCUAGGAAUAUGAAGAGAGAUUGUCCCCAUCUAGGAGUGUUAGAUUCCGUGCAGCAACAGACUAGAGCAGUGGUACCAGUGGGAAAUAGUAAUAAUGGUAUGGGACGUCCACAAAGUGGGCGAGGAGGUAAUCAGCGAGGCUGUAGAGGUAGAGAAAAUGGUAACGCAGGCAGAGGUAACACGCAACCAGGCAGGAAAGUAGCUCGUCAAGAUGAUAAGGCUCAGUAUUAUGGCUUUCCGAGUAAGAAUGAGGCAGAGACGUCUGAAGCAGUGAUCACAUAUGAUGGUGGUGUAUCAUCAGAUGAGGAGUUAAGUUGUGGUGAGGCAGAUGCAUCAAUGAGAAGUGAAGAUAAUGAACUCAAAGAUAGACUCCUACGUAAGUUUGGGAGUCAUUUAAGUAGUCUAAAGUUGGAAUUUUCAAAGAAAAAGAAGAAAGGGAAGCUACCAAAAGAGGCAAGGCAAAUGUUACUUGCAUGGUGGGAUGAUCACUUUAGAUGGCCUUACCCUACGGAGGCUGAUAAGAAUUCACUAGCAGAUUCAACAGGACUUGAUCCAAAGCAGAUCAACAAUUGGUUUAUAAAUCAAAGGAAGAGACAUUGGAAACCAUCAGAGAAUAUGCAGUUAGCUGUUAUGGAUAAUCUAAGUUCUCAGUUCUUCUCAUCAGAUGAUUGA